AUGUCCAGCAGUCGCAGCACGCGAGGAUCAUGGCAUGGACGGGCCACGCGAAGCGUUACUGGUGACCUGAAACGACCGAUGGAAUAUAUACCUUCUGUCAGCCGGAGUAGCGGUCUGGACAAGGAUGGAGACGCGCUGAAGGACUUCAAAAUACAAGAAGAAUAUCGGGAGUUUAUACAGGAAAAGCUGAAUGAUGUUUGGGAACGGUUCAUUCCUGGGGAUAAAGAGACAGAUAAACCACGCAUGGACGCCCAAGAGAAUGUAUUAAUUCUCUUCAGGAAGCUCAGAGAAGGUAUAUAUGCAAGCGGAAGAAAAGACGGCUUUGCAUCGGAAGUAUACGAGACUUCCUUUCAUCUGGCCGUUCUCUUCAACGUACACCGCCAGAUCGGCUCCAUCAUCCCGCAUCUCUUCGUCGACCUGCUACCUGCCAACGCAUCCAAUGAAAAGGAUCCUUCGAUCACCAUCCUCGUUUGUCUUUUAUACCACCUCGUCACCGAAUACCCUUCUCAGAUCACAUAUCGGCAUUUCCUCCAUUCUCUACCCUCAGCCCUCAAGUUCGAGGAUACACCGGCCUAUGCUUGGAUCAAGAAUUUAUCCCAGUCCUUACGAACGCGCAACUAUGUCAAUUUUGAUUUAUCGACUCGCCAUUUCGCGCUGGCUGAUCUUAUUGGGGACAGAAAUUCAGAUCCAACCUCUAUUCAGCACGUCCCGCGCCUAGCAGUUUACUCUCUGAUCGAUUCCCUGCAUUUUUGCAAUCGAUCUACAACAUGGACAGUGCUACGAUCUGCAUAUCGAGAGCUGUCCUGUCACUCCGAGUCAGAAACGCGUGCGUGGCUAACCAGGACUCUUGUCCUGCACCCUGUCGCGUCUCCGAAAGCUGUCGCUGACUUGGAUAGCUGGUUGGAAUCUGAAAGCGCCCUAGGUCAUGUUUGCCGGAAGGAAGGUAUCGCUGGACGUUGGAUAGUUUGUAAAGUUCGAUAA